AUGGCUCGAUUGAUUUUAUUUACUUGCAUUGUGCUUUUAGCAAUUAUUUACGUCAAUCCUACUUUUGCUGGUUUCGAUCGUGUCAGAAGCAAUCUUGGAACAACACUUAAUGGUGCAAGAUCUUGUAUUCGAACAACUACAAAGGAAAUUAGAAGACAAACAGGCUCUUUUCAUGAUAAUAUGGAGACAAGACACAUAUCAAAUCUUAGUCAAUCAAUUUGUACUGAUCUUCUUGAUAUUGUCUCUGAAAGUGAACAAAAUGUAAGAACUGAUCUUCAAGAUGCUUUCAAUUCGAUUUCUUAUGCUGUUAAUGCGAUUGAACAUGCUGUUAUAAAUGCAAUUCCAUUAUUAAAUCAUAUUGUUAUUGCUCUUUCUCAAAAUCUACAACGUUGUACUAAUCUUGUCACACAAGUUGGACGAUUAGUUAUUGAUCUUGUUGGAAAUAUUACAAAUAAUUUACAAGACACAUUACAAUAUAUAUUAAAUCAAUUGAUUAUUCUUGGUGAUACUCUUCUUCGUCGUCUUGGAAAAGUUAUUCAAAGACAAAUAUUCAAUACUAAUAAUGCAUGCCAAAGAAUUAGUAAUAGUAUUAUUAUAUUACUUCCUACAUUAAAUAAUGCACAAACUAUUCGAAUUGCACCUGUUUUAAGUUCUCUUUGUAAUCUUCAAAAUUUAAUAAGUAUUUUGAUAGCCAAUACUCUUGGACCAUUAUUUGCAUUAAUGGAACAAUUACGAUUUGGACUUCAAAGUCUUUUAGGUUCAGCUAUUUCAUCAAUGACUUGUACACUUACUGAACUAGGUGUAUGUAGACCUUGUAAUAAUGGUAACGGUCUUGGUAAUGGUAACGGUCAUGGUAAUGGUAACGGUCGUGGUAAUGGUAAUGGUAACGGUCAUGGUAAUGGUAAUGGUAACGAUCAUGGUAAUGGUAAUGGUAAUGGUCGUGGAUAG